CGUUCUGUAUCGUCUCCGCCAGUUCUUCUCCUUCACAUCUCCUCUCUUACUAAAUCAGCUUCCUCGAGGUUGGGCGUUCUGUAUCGUCUCCGCCAGUUCUUCUCCUUCACAUCUCCUCUCUUACUAAAUCAGCUUCCCCGAGGUUGGGCGUUCUGUAUCGUCUCCGCCAGUUCUUCUCCUUCACAUCUCCUCUCUUACUAAAUCAGCUUCCCCGAGGUUGGGCGUUCUGUAUCGUCUCCGCCAGUUCAUCUCCCCCGCACAGAUGCACUACAACUUAUGUCACUUCAAUUUCUACCACUACAACCACCACCAAUUCUAAUCAUUGAAGGACAAGGAAAUAAAGAAGAUAAAUGAGAUAAGCAAACAAAAACAUAAAGAAUUGAGAGAAAAGAGAAGUCAGUUGUUCACCCAUAAACAAAAACCACCACCACCAUGAAGCGCACCAAGACCCUCCCCGCCAACCUCCGCCGCCCCCUGAUCAUCACCCGGGCAAACAGCGGCAACAACAACACCAGCGGCAACAACAACAACAACAACUCCGCCGCCACCACCCCGGGGACUGGGGGCGGCGGCGAGGACACGGUCUCCCUCUACACCUACCGCCUUCACGUGGGGACGACGCAGACCAUUGAACUGACCCUCCAGAACCCGCCGUCCCCGAGCAGAAGCCACAGUCACCGCUCCAAAGACGACCACACCUCCCUCACCUCCCACGGCUCCUCCUCCUCCUCGCUCCACUCCACUGGGGGCGGGGAAGGCUCCUCGCCCAUACUCUCCCCUAGCUUGGGUCGCAGGAUCGUGGCGCCGGGGGUGGCCGUUUUCAAGAAGCUCCUCUUCGACCGACUCACGUCCACCUCCUCCAAGCAAGAUGGGGAGGAGGUGGGGGAGCGCGGGCCAGGUGACGGUCGGGAGGCCAGCCAAGAUGAACUCAUAGAAAUCCCAAGCGAUGACGAGAACGAGGCCACACCAGCGCUUACCCUCGACCCGUCCGCUGACCCCUCCACCGAUCGCUCCCUGUCCGCCAGCCAUGAGGGGGGCGGGGAGAGCAGCAGCAGUGGCAGCGGCAUCAGCGGCGGCGGCAGCAGCGCCAGCAGUGCCAUCAGUGGCAGCAGCAGCGGCAGCGGGUCAACUCAGGCGGUGGGGACGGGCGCAGGCAUGAGUGGGGGCGCCUCCACGCUCCUCCCCUGGGGUGCUCACAAGGAGCGGGCGCAGUUCCCGGCUACCGUGCACAUCGACACGGACCUGCGGCCGGGCGAGUUUGUGAUGCGCACGCUGUUUGCCGAGUUCACGGUGAUGGCCGAGCGCAAGAUUGAGUGUGUCAUGCAGGAGCCACUGGAGCGCAGUCUGUCCAAGAGUCUGCAGCGCGGCGAGGACCCAACCUUCGACCAGCUGCUCCUUGCGUUUGGGUGCGUGGCCGAGCACUGCCUCCCAUCCCUCCUGCACAUCCUCUUCGCAUGGUACGACCGGCAGGGGGUGGAGUGGGGCGCCUCGGACUCCCGUUACCGCCACGACCCCAGCAAGAGCAAGGGGGCUGAGGCAGGGUGGAGCGUGGAGCGUGACGCCGUGCAGGAGCGAAGGGACCUGGCCGUGGAGUUCAUCUUUUGCCUGGUGCAGAUUGAGGUCCUGAGGCAGCUGGCGGUUCACCCGGGCCACGAUGACCUGGUGAAGCACAUUGAGGACAUUGCCUUCAAGCACUUCAAAUAUCGAGAAGGAGUCCAGAACAACCCCAAUGGCGAGAACAUCAACACCAUCGCCGAUCUCUACGCGGAGGUGGUUGGCGUCCUGGCCCAGUCGCGCUUCCAGUCAGUGCGUCGGAGGUUCAUGGCGGAGCUGAAGGAACUGCGCUCGAGGGAACCGUCUGCUGUCACCACGCAGAGCAUCACGUCCCUCCUGAUGGGCAUGAAGUUCUUCCGCGUCAAGAUGGUGCCUAUCGAGGAGUUUGAGGCGUCCUUCCAGUUCAUGCAGGAGUGUGCCCAGUACUUCCUGGAGGUGCGGGACAAGGACAUCAAGCACGCACUGGCUGGACUCUUUGUGGAGAUCCUCGUCCCUGUGGCUGCGGCUGUGAAGAACGAGGUCAACGUCCCCUGCCUCAAGUACUUCGUGGAGAUGCUGUACUCUACCACGCUGGACAUGGCCACCAAGAACAAGCACAGGCUGGCCAUCUUCCCCCUGGUCACCUGCCUCCUGUGUGUCUCCCAGAAGACCUUUUUCCUCACCAACUGGCACUACUUCCUCGCCAUGUGUCUGCAGCACCUCAAGAACAGGGACCCCAAGAUGUCGCGUGUGGCCCUCGAAUCCCUGUACCGGCUGCUGUGGGUGUACAUGAUCAGGAUAAAGUGUGAGAGCAACUCGGCCACUCACUCCCGGCUGGCCAGCAUCGUCAACUCCCUCUUCCCCAAGGGCUCCAAGGCCGUGGUGCCCCGUGAUACGCCACUCAACAUCUUCGUCAAAAUCAUCCAGUUCAUCGCUCAGGAGCGCCUUGACUUUGCCAUGCGGGAGAUCGUGUUUGACCUCCUCUCUGUUGGGCGGCAAAUUAAGAUCAUCCUGACACCUGAGCGCAUGUCCAUCGGCCUUCGUGCGUUCCUGGUAGUGGCCGACAGUCUCCAGCAGAAGGAAGGUGACCCGCCCAUGCCCCGAACAGUAGGUGUGCUGCCCUCGGGAAACACGCUACGGGUCAAGAAAACCUUCCUCAAUAAAAUGCUUACCGAGGACACAGCGCGGAACAUCGGGAUAUCAGCCUAUUACCCCCUCGUGCGGAAGUCCUUUAACGACAUCCUGAAGGCCCUCGACAGUCAGUUUGGGCGUCCACUCAUGAUGACGAACACCCAGAACGUCAACAAGGAACCCGACGAAAUGAUCACCGGGGAACGCAAACCCAAGAUCGACCUUUUCCGAACGUGUGUCGCUGCCGUGCCGAGAUUGAUCCCCGAUGGUAUGUCUGGCCGGGACUUGGUUGAUCUGCUGGCGCGUCUAACUGUGCACAUGGAUGAGGAGCUGCGACACUUGGCCUUCCAGAGUCUCCAGAACCUCGUGCUUGACUUCCCCGAGUGGCGGCAUGAUGUCUUGUUCGGUUUCAUCCAGUUCUUGAUGAAGGAGGUGGGUGACAGUUACUCGCAGCUCCUGGACAACGGCGUGCGAAUGUUGCUGCAGCUGCUGACCGCCUGGAAGAACGCCCUCACCAACACCUCUGGAACGGGCUCAGGGUCCGGACCAGGCUCGGGGGCUUCCAAGCGGGACCCUGGAGUGGGGGACCUUCAUCACCUUCAUCUACACCAGCGCGGGGACCAUACUGAUGUCCUGCGCCUGGCCGAGGGUUUUGCGUUGGUGCUCCUGUGUGGCUGUCGGCAGGCCCCUCGGCGGGUGUCCGUGGCCAUCAUGCGGGAGGUGAAGAUGCUGGCCAAGGCGCUGGGGGAGGAGGACCCACUCAACCGCCCCCUCAUUGACGUCAUGGACCAGUGGUGUGGCAGUGUGGUGGAGGGGGUGCUGAGUCUGCUGCCCCCCGGAGAGAGGUCAGCCGUCGCCGCCACCACCAACAUCGACCUCCAGUGGCUGGCUGACCGCAGCUCCUCGGUCUGGACAGGGGGCUUCUUGGAGGAGAGCGGCGUGAAGAGUGUGAGUCAGCAGCACCUGGUGAGCGAGGACGUGUGGGCACUGGUCCUGUGUGGCUUCGUGGUGCCGGGCCGAGUCCUCACCGACUGCCCCCAGGCCGUCAGUCACGCCUGGCCCAUCGUCUACACCCGCACCACCUCCCUCUACUCCCUGGUGGACCCAACGCCUCCCAACGACAACCGCGCUUCUCUGCUCCGUAGUGCCACGCAGGUCAAGAAGCCCAUCAGCGAGCGUGACGUCUACAUGAACCUGUGGCGGAACUACGUGGUGUUGGCGUGCCGAGUCCUGCCGGCCAUCACCAAGACCCCCAUCGUGCGCUGUGCCUCGCCGGAUAUCAGCCUAGGAUCAUCGCCAGACAGCGGGGCUGGAGGUGGCGGGGAGCGGGGCGGCGAGCGUCCCUACCCCGGCUACUCCGUGUCCCCCAUGUGCCUGUACAAGCUGCUCGUGCCUCUCCUGCGCUGCGACACCACGGACAUGCGGGAGGCGGUGACCCUGGCCCUGGGGAAGAUAAACCACAUUGCCCUGAGUGACCUGAUGGAGGAGCUCUUCCCGUACAUCCGCGAGAGCAUCGACCGCAAGCAGGAGAACAUGCGGCGGCGGCGGCGGCGGGAUGCACUGCGGCUCACCCUGGUCAAGCUCUUCCAGAUGAUCGCUGAGCAGGGCACCUUCCCUCUCAGUGAGAGGGUGCUCGAGGGUGAGACUGGAGCCCUGAGGAAGCGUUACCUUGAGUACGUGGAGGGGGCGCGGCAGUACCUGGAGGGGGAGACAGACAAGGACAACACUCUCCUGCAGAUCAAGAGCCACUUCUGCGAGUUCGUCCGCAAACUCAUCGCAAGCUUCUCACUGGAGCAGAGACAGACGCUGCUGCCACGCUCCCUCAGAAAGUCUCUCUUCUACCUCUUCGUCUCCUGGAGUGGCAUCUUUGGCGUCCCCUUCGGCUUCAAGGUGGUAGGGCGGAGUGGCAGUGGCGGAGGCGGCAGCAUCAGUGGAGUGUCACAGCCCUCGGAGUUUGAGCUGUGCGCUGUGCAGGCGGCGAGCUCAGUGCUGUGCUGUGGGUCCGCCUUUGAACCACAGCUGUUGGUGGACGAGGCUCCUGUGUACCAGUGGCUUGACGCUCUGCUGGGCUCCCAUGACGAAAAGAUCUACGCCCUCGCCCAGGAGACCAUCGUAUUGCUUCUCGAGUUCAACCCAGACUCCGGCGCCGUGCUGGACUGGGUGGUGGACCGAUGCUACACGGCGACGCCCGAGGUGGCCGAUGGGUGCUUCAACGCGCUGGCCACGAUCUUCUCGGCGAGAGAGUACCCAUGCGACCACUACACGGCCAUCAUGAACGUCACCCUGCUCCACACUGGCUGCCCACGCGCCUCCAUCCACGAGACGGCGCUCCAGCUGCUGCAAGUCCUCGAUAAGCGGUUCUUCGGCGCCGUCACUCCGCUAGUCGGCGACGCGGAAGAGCACCGCGAAUCCUCCACCCUGGAUGUGCUUCUCUCGUCGACGUACUCUCGCUCGCAGCUCUACCUCUCGAAGCAGUUGGCGCACCUACACCCAGAGCUCACCAUGCCCAUGUUCUCAGAGGUGAGCUACAGACUGCAGACCGCGCGCUGUGCCGUCCGCCAACUCCUGCUCCACUACCUCCUGCCCUGGCUCUACAACAUGGAGCUGGUCGACCCCUCCACGCCCCCCGCCGCCCCCCCGCACGCCCCACACUACUGCCAGUACUACGGCGACGAUGGACGGGGCUCGAACCUGCGACGCGAGGGUUGGGGGUCCGCUGAGGCGACUGAGAUGGUGCUCAACAACCUGUUCUACAUCACGGCCAAGCUGGGCGAGGAUCAUCCCAAAGAAGUGGAGGAGCUGUGGGCGGCUCUCUGCACGUGCUGGCCCAACAACCUCCGCGUCAUCAUCCGCUACCUCUUCAUCAUCACGGGCAUGGCCGCUGCGGAGCUCCUGCCCUACGCCAAGCGGGUGAUCGUGUACGUGGCGCGCGCCCGUCCUGACCGCCUGGUGGAGGAGCUGAUGGCGGAGAUGGGCACCGUGGAGACCCUCAACUGUGUCAUCGAGCGGACCGAGACGCCGCCCUUCUUCAGGCUCACUUCGAUGCGCAAGACGUCAUCUCACGGUGAGGGCGGCGGCGUGGGCGGCGGCGGGGCGGGGCAGCAGGAGCAGGCAGGGUCAGAGCGCGGCACCCUGCACACCAAGCGGCACUCCGGCGACCACCACGACCUGCCCCGGGAACGAUAUUCGCCCCUGGUGUCCCGGGAGCAGCGUAGCGCCCCUGGAUCCCUGCGAAGUGUAUCCAGCGUCGGCUCCGGCGUGUCCAGCGUCAUCAAUGUGGACCCUAACGCCGCCGCUGCCACGACCACCACCGCCACCAAGUCCCGCCCAAACUCCUCCCUCGCCCCAAACUCCCACUCCCCUAACCUUCCUGAGGAUCCUGGCCCGACGGAGAAGGACAAUUUUGCCGUUCUCCGGGCCCAGAGUGGUGGCGGGACCGGGGCGGGGGGCGGGGCGGGGGCGGGAGAGGACCCCGGGGAACGCUACGACCCGCCCCAGCCCCACCCGCUCCCCAUGCCAGAAUAUGGAGGCUACUUCGCCCCGCUGACCGAGUACCUUCCGGAUAGCUCCCAGCCCAUCACGGCCUUUCACAGGUGUAAUGUUGCUGUGAUGCUGCUCUGUGAUGUCAUCGUGGCCGGCAUCGACGUGGACUGCCACAGCGUCGACUGGUCCAUCCACGUGCCCCUCAUGCUGCACAUCAUCACCCUCGGCCUCGACCACUCGCGGCCCCUCGUGCACACCCACUGCAAGACGCUGCUGGUUCACCUGCUGACCGUGGUGGGGGACCAUCGCGACCACCUGGGAGUGGCCCGCGUGCUCCUCAACAACAAGACCACUCAGCUGGGUUAUGGCCUCGUCCCUAACAACGUCUUCACUCACUCCAAGAACUUUACCGAAGAGCCACCCAGCGACCCCGUGCCUCCCAUCGUGGCCGCUCCCCCAGGCUUUGAGAACCCGCCCGACACCACCAGCGAGGUCGGGGAGGGGCAGGAGGGCCUCACCAUCACCACCACGACCGCCACCACCACCACCACCACGGCUACCUCAGGGGACGUGGCCGGAACAACUGGGAGUGCUGCAUCGGGGGUGACGGGCGGCCCUGCUGAGGAUUCCGUGCCCCAGCCUGUUAUCGUGACUUCCGAGGACACUGCAGAUACCGUCUCUGCCUCGUCCGCCGCCACAGGGCCAGAACAGCCUCCCAGAGAUGACUUGCAGCACAGCAUUAUGGCGCUCAUUGACUUUAUUGCCUCUAGCAAGAACCAGCCUCUCUGGGCCUACGAAGACAUCACCUCCAAGCAGUUCUCUAUCCGAAGUGCUGACCAGCUGGCAAACUUUGUCCGCCACGUCGUAACGGUGUUUGGCCACUCGCUGCCGCACACACACAUUGAGGAGCGCUGGGCCCAGAUUGCCCUCCACCUGGCCCUCUCCUGCUCCUCACGGCACUAUGCUGGACGCUCUCUACAGGUCUUUCGCUCUCUCCACGUCUCCAUGUCGUCAAGGAUGCUGAGUGACCUCCUGGGCCGCCUGGUGGAGACGGUGGCGGAGCAGGGCGACGACAUGCAGGGCUACGUCACUGAGCUCAUGCUGACCCUGGAGGCGGCGGUGGAUGCCCUCGACUCAGACUUCAGGCCCAUCGAGUUUGUCCGAGAGCUCUUCAAGUCGACUCCGAACCUCAACAACAAGGACCGGAAGAGUGCUCUCGGCUAUGGCAUGAUGGGCCACUUCUACGGGUCUGCCUUCCCUCCCCCCUCGGCCCCCAUGUCCCCGAGUGGCCACAUGAGGUCCACCUCCUACUCUGUGUCCUAUGGCCGAGGGAAACCCAUGGCCUCCCCUACCACUGAACUGAAAGUUCAGCCGGAGAUGCGAGGCCGCAGUGGGACGGACGUGGACACCCGCAUGAGGCAGCAGCAGCAACAGCAGGUCACUCAGCAGCUGCAGCAGUCGACCAACCUCUCCAGAUCUCGCUCGGCCCAGUCCCUGAAGCAGCUGGCCGAUCAAAGCUCCUCGGACGACAAAAUGACAGUUUUGGCUCAGCUGUUCUGGAUUGCCGUGUCUGUCCUUGAGUCUGACUACGAGUAUGAGUUCAUCCUGGCCAUGAGACUGCUGGACAAGGUCUUGGCCCGCCUCCCCCUCGACCGACCAGACUGCCGAGACAAGGUGGAAAAAUUGCAGCAGCAGCUCAAGUGGCGUGACUUCCCUGGGGUUCAUGCACUCCUCCUGAAGGGGUGCACCUGUGCCACCACCUACGAGCCCACCAUCACCCUGCUGUCACGCUUCACCCAACUCACCGACCUGCAGGUGGUUGACCCGAGCCAGAGCCGAGCCUUCGCCAUCAACGUCAUCGCCCUCCUGCCGUACAUGCUGCAGAACUAUGAGGAUGACAACCCGCUGUGCAUCCAGGCAGCGGAGAACAUUGCCCAGGUGUGUGGCGAGAAAGGGAAGCAGAUGGAGAACCUGGCCACGGUGAUGACGCUGUACAGCCGUCGGAACUUCAGCAAGGAGAGCUUCCAGUGGACCAAGUGUGUGGUGAAGUAUCUCCACGACUCCUACGCACACCUGUCCCUCAGCCUCAUGGCCUUCCUGGUGGAGGUGCUGGAGAAAGGUCCCGUCACAGUGCAGAACCCCAUCCUCAACAUCCUCCACUGCAUGCUGCACUACAUCGACAUCAACACGGCGGCGGCUCAGCUCGUCAACGGUGAUCUCCUGAGGGUCAUUGCUAAGUAUAUUGAGGGCUCACACUGGAAGGAGGCGCUGAGGAUCCUGAAGAUGGCUGUGACGCGUUCCUCUGCCCUGGUGGUGCCUCCCGUCUCCUCCCACACACACUACUGGGACCAUCACAUCUUCACUGACAUAGAGACGCACUUCAAGAAGGAGCUGCCAGGUCGCACGAUGGAGUUCACCUUUGACGUGACGCAGACCCCCGUCAUCGGUAGGAGGUUCCUGCGGGGCGGGGCGGGACCGUCAAUCGGGCAGGUCAGCGCCGGCUCCUCUACCGUCAGCUCUGCCACAAGUGACAGUCUGAGGGAGCGUGAGCAGGAUGCAGCAAGCAGUGAGGGGGCUUCCAGUGCAGGCGUGGAGGGGGCUGGGGGGCCAGGCACAGCCUCCCCCCGCCGCUCCCUCUCCCUCUCCGCUGCAGACACGUCACACCUCGCUGGCUGGAAGACACCCUGGCUCUCACAGGCCAGGGUGAGGGAGGGUCUCGUGAACCUCCUGAACACCUGUGGGCAGCGCGUUGGUCUGCCCAAGUCUCCCUCGCAGCAGGAGCCGCCCGCCAGCAAGGUCAUCUUCAGCCAGAGUUCUGAGCUGGAGCGGCAGUCCUCGAUGGCCUCGUCCACAGAGGAGGUCUCGGUGGCCCCGGGCGACAACGACCGCACGGCUGACGACAUGACGUCCUCGGAGAAGCAGUUUGCGGUGUUCAAGGACUUCGACUUCCUGGAGUAUGAGCUGGAGAGUCAGGGAGAGGAGAGUGUAGACAACUUCAACCUCUGGGGCGUGAGGCGUCGCUCCCCAAGCAACCUUGGGGAGGGAGACUUUUCCAGCCACUUGGAGGACAUGCAAGGUGCCGACCUGACCCCAUCCCAUGCCAAGAAGGUCAUUCCGCCAGCCGACAACGAGUGGUGGGAGGAGGAGGGAUCAGUCUCCCCUAUUGACGACCCAAGUCUCGGUGGGAGUGAGCGUUCGAGUGGAUCGCGGCACUCGUCGUCCUCCACUUCCCUUCACCGGCACUCUCACCACCACUCGCUUCAUCAUCUUCACCACCACCAUCACCACCAUCAACCCCCAGUGGUGUCUUCGGCCGCCUCCACUUCUGUCUCAGCGCCGACACCCAAGUUGACGCUGGAUACAAGUACUCGCCGCCCAGCCUCACCGACCUCAAUAUCAGAUGAGAGUAGUGAAGGAGACCUCGGGGACAUGACGCCCUGCAACCCCUCCCCAAGCAUCACCGCCAUGCUUUUCCGCCCCAUCCGGCAGCCUAACGACCUAGAAGAUACCUGGCGUGCACACCUGCUCUCUCUCAUCGCCACAGACGCCCCCAUCGCCCACCCCAACCGCACCUGUACUCUCUUCAGCACUGUCUUCUCUGAGAGUGUGAUGAAGUUCAGUGAGCUGGUCGGGGAGAGCAUCCAGUACCUUGGUGAGGGCGGGGAGAUGAACCACGCCUAUGUGUCCUUUCUCCCGCACAUGGAGGGUGUGUCAGGGACGGCUCCUCUCCCUUAUGUGUUUGUGGACACCAUGCUGCUCACGUCGACGCAGCUCACCCCUCGCUUCCGCUCCACCUUCAUCGCCCUCCACGAACACCUUGACACCUACCUUGACAAACGGGACAAUGCCAACAGGUGUCUAGAUGGCAUCAAGUCAACAGUGAAGCUUCAGAACCUAGGGGAGAGUCUUCCCGAGCUGUGUCCUGAUGAGCAGCACACUGACUUGUGCCGCUGCCUAUACAAGCUGCACUUCCAGCUGUCUCUGCUGUACGACACUUAUGCCAAGCUGCUGCUGGUGAUGCUGCAGGCCGCCCGGGCCACACAGUCAAGUGAUCACAGUGUUGAGCUCAGCACCCUCCAGGGCAAACUUGUGGCAGCUGCAGAAACCCUGGACUCCACCCCACCCACCACCCCCACUCGUAGCUCCCAGUCCCUCCCGCCGGAGAGGGAGUUGCCAGAGGGUGAGGAGGGUGAGUGUGAGAGUGUUGGAGGAGAGGAGAGUGAAGUUGGCAGUGCCUGUGAGAGCAGUUUGGGCCGCACCGAAGGAGGUUCACCAGUCAGCUCGUCCUCCUUGGGCUCACAGUCCCUGGAGCUGCCCGUGGUGCCCCCAGCCUCCCAGCCUGAGGCAGAGCUGCAGCUGCUGCAGCUUGUGGCUGAUCAGCGCUGGGUUGGGGCGCUGCAGUUUGUGCGGCAGCACCGAUCCCUGUGGCCCAGAGAGGCCUCUUCAGCCCAUGAUGAAAUCACCAUCAUUCUCAACACGUACUGCACCUACCUAGCAGACAAGAAGCCAGGAAUGAUUGCAGUGUGCGGGACAGAGGGGGAGCUGCAGGAAGCCAUUUCCAGGCUCAUGGACAUCAACAUGUCUGCACACUCAGCCCUGCGUGCGAUUGAACAGACCCCACACCAGGUGCGGGACCCACUAGACUCUGUCAUCCGCAAAACGGAGUGUUAGAUGUGAGACGGCAUUACCAAAUCCCCGCCCAGCCAGAGCCAGCCCAGUCUGGUUUGAUCCUCUGUGGCUCUCUAUGUUGGCAAAGUCCUGUGCUUCUUAAGUCUCUGUGCAUAAUCCCAGCUUUCUUUGUAAUCUGAAUGUUGUCCUGCGUGACAGUAUUACAAGCGUUGUCGUCAGAAAGCUUUUGUAAUGUACUAGGGAUGGGGCCAUACAGCACCCCAAUCCCUGUGUAGUCAGUUCAGAAUCUCAGUGUAAGUUACUGCAAUACAUGGUGCAUUAAAGUGU